UUCGCAGUGUAGUCAUCCUGCAGCGGGUUGGGGAGGGGUGAGCAGAGGCACGGCUGCGCACGCGCCGAGAACGUUUCCGCCUUCCGGGGAGACGAUGGCAACACUCCGUCCGUACCUGAAUGCAGUCCGUGCCACACUUCAAGCUGCACUCUGCUUGGAAAACUUCUCAUCACAAGUUGUGGAGCGCCAUAAUAAACCUGAAGUGGAAGUGAGGAGCAGUAAAGAGCUGCUGUUGCAGCCCUUGAUCAUCAGCAGGAAUGAGAAGGAGAAAGUCCUCAUUGAGGGCUCAAUAAAUUCUGUACGAGUCAGCAUUGCAAUCAAACAGGCAGAUGAGAUUGAAAAGAUCCUUUGUCAUAAGUUCAUGAGAUUUAUGAUGAUGAGAGCAGAGAAUUUCUUCAUUCUCCGGAGGAAAGCUGUUGAGGGCUAUGACAUCAGUUUCCUGAUCACCAACUUCCAUACUGAACAAAUGUACAAACAUAAACUGGUUGACUUUGUCAUUCAUUUCAUGGAGGAGAUUGACAAGGAAGUCAGCGAAAUGAAACUGUCAUUAAAUGCCAGAGCUCGCAUUGUUGCAGAAGAGUUCCUCAAAAAUUUCUGAUACUGGGUCAUUUGCUGUCAUCUAACAAGACCAAGGUUACGCAAAACCGUGUGAAACUGCACUGCUGGAAGGAAGCUUGGGGUGGGGGUGGGUGUAAUCAUCUGCUGAAAGGGGACACAUACAAUAAACUGACCAGCCUGCUGGUAAAGGUUUGUACAUAACUCAACCAGACUGCUGGCUUUAGUAUUAUUGGAUCAUUUUUCAACUGAUACUGUAUUUACACAGCAAUUCCUGCUGUCAUUGGGCCUUUCAUAAAUUGAAGGGACUAAGUUAAUGCAUUUGUAUUUUGAAAAAUAAAACAAAAUUUCAUUCGUAGUUUGUGUCAAAGCCUCUCUGACUUUACUCCUUAAUCCACAUCUUUAAAAUGACGGUACACUUAUAGGUUUAAGGCAGUAAAUAGAUGCAAUAAACCCUGUCAAUGACCAUCCAGAAUCCCUUUUAAUACUGGAAAGCGUGAAACAAAAAGCAAAAUAUUGCAGAUGCUGGAAAUCUGAAGUAGCGAGUGCUGGAAACACUCAGCCAGUCAGGCAGUAUCUGUAGGAAGAGAAAUGAGAUUAACCGAUCUGGAUAAUGACAAAACUAACAACUGAUCAGACCUAAAACAUUUACCUUACCUUCUCCACGUAGAUUGACCAGCCAAGUGUUUCCAGUGUUUUUCUGGACUCUACUGGUGCUUGCUAUCUGUCCCUAAUUAUUCUCUAGUUUAAAACAAUAGUGCUGAAAUAAUUCAUUUGUAUGCUUCCAUUGUAUGUCAAUUAGGCAGGAAAGUCCACAUUCUUAGUCUUGCAUUCUGUUUUUAUUCCAUUAAUUGUAUACUAAUGUUUUUAAUUGAACUAAAAUUAUUGUAACUUUGGGAUCACAUUAUGGAUUUUGUUAUAACAUAAAUGGAUAGAGGUUUUGUUGCUUCUGUGACUUUUUAUUGCAGCAGUUGAUGGACAGUCACUGGCACAGGUUUCAUUGUAAUUGUGAAAAGGCAUUUCAAACUUAUAUUGAUCCAGGACUGAACUCUGGCAUUGAAUGGUCACAUUGCCAUCUGUACUACUGCUCUUUACAUUGGUCAACAGGGUGCUUUUAAAAAUACAAAUGUACUAGGGCAGCACAUUUAAGUAGGUUGGAGGCUAUCCCGUAUACUUGGUAAGUUCCCUGUUUCAACUGAGUUGUUUAAAAAAUUGAAUGGGAAUAAUUAAACCUACAUAUGUUAAUCUUAUUGCUGUAAUGCCACUAAUAUGUAAUGCCUUAUGCUUUUCAAUAUUAAAAACUUUUUGCAUUUCA